GAGAGAGAGCUUCUCAGUCCUCAUGAUGGCGUCUCACCGAGGCAGGAUGGGGUUUUUCCGCCGCCUCCUGUGUCGGAAUUCAGCAGGCGACGUUACGUGUGGAAUGUGUCCAGGCUGCGUGUAGGCGAGACAUGAAGGACGAGGAGAAAAGCGGCGAGCGGAAAAGCGGCGCCGGUGUGGAGGAGGGCCGGAGCGGCGCGGGGACGUGGCCGAGCCCGGGGCUCCACGAAGCGGCGUCGAACCGAGCAGCGAGCCGAGGAGGAGGCGGCGGAGGAGGCGGAGGAGGAGGAGGAAGCGCCGCUGCUGCUGCUGCUGCUGCUGCUGCGGGGAUCCGGGUUUUAAAGCGUAACAUGAAGCGGAACGGCAGCCGGGCCUGUGUGACCAGGAAGACUCGCUUCGGAUCCCGUGAGAGGGAGUGGCUGAAGGGCGACACCCAGCGUGGGUGUGUGUGUCUGUACGGAGCCACCGAGGUCGUGACCCCGGGACCCCAGACCUCGACCACGACCCAGCCCGACCUCAGACUGGUGCUCUGCUCCACCAGCACCACGGUGGAGGAGCUGUGUGCCCAGCGUCACGGCCAGGGCCUUUACCUGCAGCUGCACGGAGACCUGAUCAGGAGGCUGGACUCAUCGGAGCGUCCUCUUCAGAUGGUGUACGAUUAUCUGACCACUAUGGGCUACGACGAUCCUGUGCGUGUCCAGCAGGAAGCGGCGAACUCCGACCUCAGCUGCAUGAUUCGCUUCUACACCGAGCGGCCAGUAAACGCUGACCAGCAGGACCGGACCCUCCUGAAGGGCGUGUUCAGCGUGCGCAAGGGCAAGACGCAGCUCCACAAGUGGGCGGAGCGACAGGUGAUCCUGUGCGGCACGUGUCUCAUCGUGGCGUCCGUGAAGGACAGUCUGACGGGGAAGAUGCACAUCCUGCCUCUGGUCGGGGGGAAGGUGGAGGAAGUGAGGAGGAGGCAGCACUGCCUGAUGUUCAGCUCGGCCGGACCUCAGGCUCACACCUACUACGUCAACUUCGACACACUGGCUGAGUAUCAGCGCUGGCAUCGGCAGGCCUCGAAAGUGGUGUCUCAGACCAUCAGCUUGGUGGAUUUGUCCUGCUACAGUCUGGAGGAGGUUCCUGAAUAUCUCUUCUACAGCCAAGAUGUCACACACCUCAACCUGCGCCACAACUUCAUCAGUCUCGAGGGUCCUGGAGGUCUUUGCAACUUUAACAGGUUCACUCAGCUGAAGAGUCUCAACCUGUCUCACAACCGACUAGGCGUGUUCCCCGAGGCCGUGUGUGAAAUCCCCACUCUAUCUGAGCUCAACCUGUCCUGUAACGGUCUCGGCUCCGUGCCCGCUCGCAUCGGCAACCUCCAGAACCUGCAGACGCUCUCUAUGGAUGGAAAUCACUUGAGCUCUCUGCCUGAUGAGUUGGGGGAUCUGGUGCAGCUCUGCAGUCUCGGGCUCUCCUUCAACACGUUCCCUCACAUCCCCGCCGUGCUGGAGAGGCUCAGCGCUGUGGACCGGCUGCUCAUGGCCGGGAACCGAGUCGAAGCCUUGGAGCUCAGCAGCCUGCUGAGGAUGAGUCACGUCAAGAACAUUGACUUACGGCUAAACGGGCUCUGCAGUGUGAAAAGCGAGACUCUGGAGCCCAUAAAGCAGCUCAUCCAGCUGGACCUGAGGGACAACCGGCUGAUCGAACUGGACCUGAGCGCCGCCUGUAACCUGGACACUCUGCACUGCGAGCGCAACCAGCUGGAGGCGCUCACGCUCAGCGGCUUCACGCUGCGUAGCCUGUACGCAAACAACAACCGUUUAUCUACAAUCAGCAUCUAUCCAGUUCCUAAUCAGCUAACGCACAUGGACGUGUCCUGGAAUGUUGUGGAAUACCUGCCCGACUGGGUGUGUGACAGCAGAAAGCUCGAGGUGCUGGACGUCUCCCACAAUCUGCUGCUGGAGCUGCCGGCCAGACUGCUCAGUGGGCUGAGUCUGAGGAAGCUGCUGGUCGGCAGUAACUCAUUACAGCGUGUGCCUGAUUUACUCGAUCACAUCCCUCUGGAAACCCUCGACCUGCAGCACAAUAAACUCACUGAGCUCCCAGAGAACUUCUUCUCCAAGGCCUUAAAUUUAAAAUACCUGAACGUGUCCGCCAAUGCGCUGGAGACAAUCCCGCCGAGUAGCCAAACCGAGGAGAGCCUCAGCACCCUCCAGGAGCUCUACCUCACCGGGAACAACCUGAACGAGAACUGCGCCGCCCUGCUGGUGGGACACCAGAAUCUGCGGGUUUUGCACUUGGCCUAUAACCAGCUGCUGUCUUUCCCUGCAAGUAAGCUGAGUAAACUGGAGCUGCUGGAGGAGCUGAAUGUGAGCGGUAACAAGCUGAAGACCGUCCCCUCCACCGUGUCCAGCUGUAAGAGACUUCACACCCUCAUCGCACACUCCAACCACAUCAGCGUCUUCCCUGAAGUCCUCAACCUGCCCGAGAUAAAGCUGGUGGACGUGAGCUGUAAUGAGCUCACCGAGAUCCUGCUGCCUGACUCUGUCCCGGCGACGCUGCAGGAACUCGACCUGAGCGGGAACAGCAGCCUGAUGCUGGAACACAAAACCCUCAACCUGUUCAGUCAUAUAACUACUCUGAAGCUGGACCAGAAGCCGUCUCUGACCGCGUCGGACUCGCAGGGCUCGUGUGUUCUCUGGGAUCACGGCUACGCCGAGAUGAGCGGCCAGAGGAACAAGUUGUGUGUGUCCGUGCUGGCCAUGGAUCGCUUCGGGGACGGAGUGGAAGCGGUUUACGGGAUUUUCGAUGGCGACCGGAAUGAGGAAGUGCCGCGGUUGCUGCAGUGCACCAUGGGAGACGUGCUGGCUGAAGAGCUCCAGCACAGCAGCGUGGACAGCGUGUACAUGUGCAACACGUUCCUGACCUCACACAGAAAGCUGGGGAUGGCUGGACAGAAGCUCGGGGCAUCGGCUCUCCUCUGCUACAUUCAUCAUGAGUCUUCUGAGUCGAGCAGCUACUUCAGUCUGACCGUGGCCAACGUAGGAACCUGCCAGGCUGUGCUGUGCCGCGACGGCCACCCGCUGGCCCUGUCCAAAGUCCUUAGCCUGGAGCAGAGUGCUGAGGAGAUGGAGAGGGUCAAAACAGCCAAGGCGAUCAUCACUGAGGAUAACAAGGUGAGUGGUGUUACAUGCUGCUCUCGCCUGUUGGGAUGCUCCUAUCUGUUCCCCUGGGUCCUUCCUAAGCCCUGGGUACGAACUGAACCCCUUUGCGCUCAGGAUGAGUUCCUGAUCUUGGGCAACAGGGCACUUUUUCAAUAUCUGUCUUACCAAGAAGCGGUGACAACUGUGCUGGCUGUCCGAGACCCUCGAGCUGCUGCCAAAAAGCUCUGCACGCUUGCCCAGAGCUAUGGGUGCAAGGACAAUGUCGGGGCAGUAGUUGUAGCUCUGCGCAUCGGGGAGGACAGUUGUACCUGCGAACCUCCACUCUCCACUGAGGUCCGAGGACCCCCUGUGCCUACCCCCAUUCCCAUAUCUGUGCCACCUCUUGACCCGGCCACUCCUUCGUCAAGUAGUGGCAUUGCCUCGGAAUUCAACAGCGAGACAUCUGCAUCUGAGGUGGGAAGUGAAGCUGGAUCCACGGCAUCUGAUGAACAUACUUCUUCGGGCCCAAAUGCACGGCCCGAGCGCCGCUGCAGCUUGCACCCGGCUGCCACGUUUUGCAACACUGGAGGUCCUGGAAGUCUUGGAGCCGGAACACACCCAGCUCUGUUCCAGCGCCAACCAUCCUCCGCAACAUUUUCCAGCAACCAGUCUGACAAUGGUCUAGACAGUGACGAUGAGGCUCCACUAGAGGGUGUCAUUUCCAAUGGGAGUAAAUUGGAGGUUGAGGUGGACAUCCACUGCUGUGCUUUCCAGCUUCGCUCUGGGCGUCCAGAAAGCCCCAAGGAUCUGGAUCUCCGAGGAUCUGACUACACCAACAGCAAGAUGCGCCGUCAGAACAGUGUGGUGGUGUCAACCGCUAAUGGCUGCCUUCUUGCUGUUUGUGGCCGAGAGAUCUCAGACCUCAAGAAAUCUCCCUCUACGUCCAGUUUGUUUGGGAAGAAGCUCUCUAACGGUUCUGUUGUGGCACCUGAGGACAGUCAUAACAUUAUCGAGGUAGCACUCGAAGCCCCGAAGAAGAAGUCUGGGUACUUUGCCGCACCUGCUCAACAAGAUCCUGAGGAUCAGUUAAUCAUACCUCCCAGUCUUGAACAAGAUGUUCGGGAGCAGUUGAGGGGCCAAAGUCCUGUGGUUUCUGGUCCUCCGCCACCCUUAACACCUCCCACAAGCAGAGAUUCAAACUGGGAUCACCCUCACCCUGGUCUCCCUCCUGCUACCUUUCAACAGGAGGUCUAUGACACUGCUCUAUAGUGGGUACUAAAUCCUACUACCUGAGAUGACCUAGUGCCAUAUUGUGGAGGUGGUUCAUUUUGCUGUGAUUUUUGUCCUGUUCUUAUUCAGCUCUAUCAUUGUGUGAAGACCUGCAUGUGCUUAUGUGGUGACAUCCCAUUUACCUGGAGCAGUCUCUGGUAAAUCUAAGGAGCAGAAAAUAUAGACAAAAUAGGCACAAAUUUCAAGACUAGUAAAACAAAAUCUUGAAAGAUGGCUGUCUAGCAGAAACUACAAUGUGAACUAAAAUACCUCAUGUACAACCUUGCGUAACUAAUGAGCUACAUAGCCCUUUACGACAUCAUUUGGCUGAAAGGUUCUCCGGGCUUAAAACAUGACCAAAAGGUAAGAAAAGUGCCUAUUGCAGAUGGUUCCGGCUCUCCAGGGCCUCCAUUGGUCUGGUGCGCUUUCACUGUUACCCAGAAAUGCCAAUUUUUUUUCCCUGCCUAAAACAAUCUACUCAGUCAUUUUUAGUUGAAGUAAAAAGCUGAAGUAUGAUUGGGAAAGCUCAGCUUUCUUCAUCUUGUCUGGUGGUGUGCAGAACAAACUACUAAAGUCAUGGGAAUGAUGGCAUACACUGUUUGGCUUUCUCCAGCCUUUCUGGAAACUUCUGCACAAAAUAUGCACCGCACACCACAUCCUGUUGUGGUGGACUUCGGUAAUAGUGGUGGUUCUCGCCAAGAUUGUGACUGAGAAGAGGAAAUAAAGCAGACUUGAUAUCUCAUAUCAUUUCAUGAUGCAUCUAAGUCGCAGUUGCAAUCUCGGGCCAAUCAGAAAGAGACCGUUAUUAAACAUAACUGGCUGAAAUCACGACUUAAUUGUGAGUUAUUAGGAGUACUUGAAGUGUGCCAUUAGAGACUGAAUUAUCAAAGCACUCAUGCCUAAAGCUUUUGAGGCUUAAAUACUGUACAUACUUGGUCUUUGCACUAAAAGUGCUACAAAGUAACACUGGUACUGAUAGAGCAUGAAUGGGGUAUUUUUCAUCCUAUAUCUGAACCGCUGAGCUAAUUAAUUAUGAAAAAAGUACAUUAUAUCCAUAUGUUCUCCUGAGUGUGUUUAUAUCUGUUUCACAACACCUGAUUUCACCUGAUUUAUGAUGUGAUUAUUCUUGCCCCAUAUCUUGAUAUGUUUAAUUUUUUUUGAUUCAGAAAUGAAGAUGAAUGAAUGCAGCAGAUGCCUUCACAAUGUGAUUAAGCUUUGUGUGAACGUAACAUGUUAUAUCUCGAGUUAUAGGCGAUUCUGGAAAUUUACACUACACUAGGGUUUCUUAAAGACCAGAUGUGAUCACUGAUGAGAAUACACAAUUGGAGGCAGUCUGUCCAAAUUUCCUGGAGGAGUAAAGUCUUCACAAAAUGGUUUAACAGAACCAUUUUCGUGUCUUAUUUGGCGACGCUUCAGCCCUCCUGGUAUACAUUCUUGGUACCCAGGGCUGUAAAAAGGCUCUGAAUUUUAAUGAGGUUCUCAUUUCAUAUUAAUAUUUAUCAUAGUUAAUAAAUCACAUUGCUGAAUAUGCACUACAUCAAUUGCUAAUUUCUAUUCUCUGUUAUGUUAUCCUUCCAUUCUUCCAUAAAGUACUCUGAUUCCACUUAAUUUUAUUGAGUUAUAUAUUUUUGUUUAACAAUAUGAUUUCUGAAUUACGUUACAUGUUACUAUGCCAUUAAAACAAUAGCUAAUAAUGCUUCAUACAUUUAUGAAGUAGCUAUUUAUCUCAUAGCUAUGUUAGACAUUAGCCUGUUAUACACUAUAUAGCCAAUAGUAUGUGGACACCUGACCAUCACAUCCAUUUGUGGUUCUUCCCCAAUCUGUUGCCACAAAGUUGGAAGCACACAACUGUAUAGAACGUCUUUGUCUGCGGUAGCAUCACAAUUUCACUGGAUCUAAGAGGCCCAAACCUGUUCCAGCAUGACAAUGCCCCUGUGCACAAAGCGAGCAUGAAGACAUGGUGUGUGAAGGUUGGAGUGGAAGAACUUGAGUGUCCUGCACAGAGCCCUGACCUCAACCCCACUGAACACCUUUGGGAUGAACUGGAACUGGAGACUCCUUACCCAACAUCAGUGUCUGAUCUCACUAAUGCUCUUGUAGCUGAAUGAACACAAAUCCCCACAGCCACGCUCCAACAUCUAGUGGAAAGCUUCCCAGAAGAGUGGAGCUUAUUAUAACUGCAAACACGGGGGGGAUAAAUCUGGAAUGGGAUGUUCAACAAGCACACAUGGGUGUGAUGGUCAAGUGUCCACAAACUUUUGCCAUAUAGUGUAUGACGGUUACAUAUCUCUCACCAAGAAGUCUGAGGUAAGAAAUACGAAACAAAACCAUCUGUCCUCAUAGCUAGUUAUGACCAUGAUGGUUGGUUCGCCCUCAUGAGGUGAUAGAUUGGCUUAGAAAUUUGAAACCGUGUUUGUUUCCCAUUAUGUUCCCAUCCACUUUCUCAGCCAAGCAUUCUUGCUAGAAUCUGCAGAUUUCUGUGUAUUCUUGUUAGAGAUCAUCACUGACCUUUAAGAAUACUCCUGUAGGGAAAACUUAAAACACUGUUAUCAACUUUGUUGAAUACGACAUGCACACAGGUGGGGCUUUGAGGUUUUUUAGCAAUCAGCUAAAGCACUUAAUCCUUAGAGGAAAGAAAUGCAGAAGAAAGAAAGUACUGAAGACUCAUAACAGGGAAGAUGUAAGAUUCCCUUGCUGGCUUUGUGUCACAUGAGGGUUUCUAGCCCUUUUAACUGCCAAACAUGCUGUAACUGUUAUCUUUGGCUCUGAACGCAGAGGUGCCAACAUUUAUGCUUUAGUCACAGCGUUUACUAUUUUUGAUCCCUUGCUACAGAGAUAUGGGAGACAACAGAAAACAAUGUUUUUUGUUUUUUCAGAUAAAACAGAGGUCUAAACAUGAGUAACAUUCACCUGACAGAAAAAAACACUUCACUGAAAGGGAAAGGACGUGGGACGUGAACGACACAUUUGUGUUUGAUAGCGGUUACUUUUUCUGCAUGUUGAAUUUAUCUAGGUGAACUCUGACAUUUGAAUUUGCGAACCUCAGGCUUACGAGCCAAUAGAAACAAGUGGGCGGGAUCAUAGGCUGGUAAAAGAAAAAUAGAGGAGGUGCUAGUUAUUAAGUAGCAUUACACCAGAUGUUCGCUUUGCUGUUUUUUUGUUUUGUUUCGUUUUUUUUUUUUUUGUACUAUUGCUUGGUGCACAUCUGGGGUAAAAAAAUUAAAUGUUCUAUUUUCAUUUUCUCCAAAUUGAACUAACGUAUUGUUGAUCCAUGCAAAUUCAUGGUAUCACAUGAUCAGUUAGUGUUACCAGUGAUGAUGUGUGCAGAAAGUUGACCUUUUAAUAUAAAAAAAUGAUUAUUUUGCAUUUCUGUAGUGACAAACAAGUUGUUAUGUAAUAAAAGCACAGGGUCAGAUGUUGCCAUUUAACAUUUUCUUUCAGUAUGAAGACUACCAUAAUUUUAUCAUUUUUUAUAUACUGUAUAUAUUAAGUAUUUUGUUUUCCUGUUUGGGCAAACAAGCUGUUUGAUAUUUUCCUUUCAUUUCUGUAAUAAAAGUGUAAAGAUUUUACUAUGGACAUGGACCAGACUGCACACUGGACAUGCAUUAUGGUACUUUAGUAAUAUUUUUUUAUGAAGUAAUCUUACACACUCAUCUGGUUGCAAAUGAAUCCAAACAUUUCUGCAGAUUGGAGUUAAAUAUCAGUUCAACCAAAAUACUUGUUUUAUCAUUUAAGCUGUUAGUGUGGAGCCGUCCUGUCCUCCGAGCUAUGCUAGGUUUUUUUUUUUUUUUUUUUCUGCUGCUAGGGUUUUCUUGUUAGCGAUGUUGGCACCUCUGCUGUACCUGACAUUCCACUGUUUCCCAAAAAAACCCACACCGGAGUCAUCUGGAGGCCAAGACUCCAUUUUUUAACUUCUUGCCUCUUACUCAGUGGCCAUUUAUUCACUAAUCACUUUGCUCAGUAUAACAUCCAAGCAAAAAAUUAUUGAUUUUCAGAUUAUGAAUUGCAUUAAAUUUUUUAUUUUCAUUUUUACAAGUUGCUUUUUGGAUGCGGUUCAGAUUUAAAAAACAAAACAAAACACAGGACAAUCAGAACGGUCGCUGGAGUGGCCUUUAUGAAUCUAAAGUUCACAAAUGAAGGUUAGAAAAAAAACUCUCCUGCCUGUAUAUGCACUUAAAGUGUUAUGUUUUUUGCCUCUUAAUUUUUAAGAUGUGUUACAAUUUAUAGACAAAUUUUCAUCAUCUAGGUUUAUUUGUCAUUCUCUGUGCCAACACACACAAAAACUUCUUUUAGGCUGCUUUCACACUUGGUGUUUUUUCUCAAACAGCGUGUGUUUUACAUGCGAGUGGCCACCGUUAUUUAAUUCACAGCGGAUCUUCUGAAGUUCAAAUUUUUAAACCAGUCAAGUACCAAGUUGAGCUUGAACAUGAAAAACAAACAUGGAGCACAAAGUGGUGGUCAAAAAUGAGUCUUGUUAGUGAGUGAAUAUGAGGAAACUUACGACAUGUUGAAUCGAAAAUAUUCCAAAAUUCCAACUUUGCAAUGUAACUAAAAAUAACGUGUCUAUUUUAAUUCCAUGUGAUAUGACAAUGCACACUCAAGUCGCACAAAUUCUCUUGAUUUUCUGCCCCCAAAGCUACAGCGAAGAAAAACACCCUCCUCAUCACCAAUCUUUAUUUCAUCUUCCUUACUGAGAAUAAUAACUCUGAUCUAGAAGGUGAGUUAAGCUAGUUAGUUAGCCGAUCCUAGCGCCAUGGACAGCUUGAUUUUUAAGGUGGCUCAUGGCUUCACUUGUCACUUUUACUGCAUACAAACCCAAAUGUGCUCAUGUUGUGACAAAAGAGUUGUUUUUUGUAAGGUGAGUUUUGGUAGAAAUUUAGUUUAGGGCUAAUUUUAUCAUUUUAAUAUUAUAUUACUGAUUUUUUAACUGAACAAAUUCGUAGGGAGAAUAAAUGACCACUGAUGAAUUUUAGUAUUACUCAUGUGCAAACUAAAAAUGGGAGGGUUGUGUCAGGAAGGGCAUCCGGCGUAAAAACCUGUGCCAAAUCAAACACACGGACCAACGAUCCUCAGUGGCGACCCGUAACGGGAACAGCCGAAAGAACAACAACAACAACAACAACUAAUGUGCAAACUAAAUAAACAGAAAAAUGGGAGCUCUAUAGAGGUUUUGUUUUCACUUUAAAACCCCGUGAUUGAGAGCAAAAAGUCUACAAUGUGAUCCGAAUCCUGUUGCUACGAUUGUCUCAUCUGCAAACCGUGUUAACUUCAGAAGUAUUUCAUUCAACCUUGAGGAAUCAAUAUGCUUUAUUUUAUUUUUAUUUUAUUUGCCUGCCUAAGUAAUUAAUUAACAAUAUUCAAACACAUGACGGUAAGAUUGCUGAUGUAUAACGCGUAUUAUGUGCUUUUUUUUUUUUUUUAAAGUUUUACCUUGAAUGUAUAUUUUAUUUCUUCUUCUUUAGGAAUUCUCAGACAGUUUUCCAAAUGAAGGCGUGUUGUGGACAGACAGCGAUUUUGUAAGAUGUUAGUUUGUUUGCCAUGUGACCAAAGUUCCAUCUCACUAUUAUUUCUGUACAUUAUCUUUUUUUUUUUUCUAGAGACACUUAUAUUUUCUCUCAAUGCCAAGAAGCUAAGGUUUAUUUUUAUAUGUCAUUGAUUCAUGCAGAUUUAUCGGUCUUUCAGUACAAGAACUUGCUAUACUCUGUCACCCCCAUCGCAAUGUUUUAUUUGACACAAAUUAUAAAUGUAUUAAAUGUCAGAAGCAUGCCCUAUAUCAAUAACUACAUAUAAUUAAAAAUAUAAAUAUAUAUGAACCAGUUACUUUGUACAAAACAACCUAUCUGUUUAUAAGAAUUGUUUUAACUAUCCAAAGCCUAAUGUACAUGAUAUUUUUGUUAGUUUUUUUUUUCUUUUUUUUUUUUUCUUUAGCAUGCAGAAAUCUGCUGAAUAGUUUAUGUUCUAUAUUUAAUAUAAUGAGGUCUAAAGGAAAAAUUGUUGUUCUGUUGAUUUAAGAGAAGGAUUAACGCAAGCACUUUUGCUGUUUGUCAGCUAGACUUUAAACCUCUUCAGUUUUCAAGGGUGGGUGAUGGCUCAUUAUUUCAUUUGAGAUGCUGCUAUGACUAGUUUGGAGCAGAAAAGCUGUAUUUUUAAUUACCUUUUCAGCCAAGUAGCAAUAAAAAUUUAUACUGUG